CGAUGUACGCAAGUGGUACGUGUUUGGCCGCUUUGGGAAACUGCUUUUUUCCGAAGGUUGCGGAAGAAAUGCAGGAAAGCCCGCAACUACGGUGGCUGCUACUCGCUGUAUGGGAAGGAUUUCGAUUUACUAGUGGGGAAGUGGUUGAUAGUACUAACAUAAUGUUGAGUUGGAUCUGGAAAGGUCAAUAGUGCUUGGGUAGGGUAUUGACCAUUACUCAACAUUGCGUAUAGCUGAAACAGUGCCCAGCCCAGCCAUCUUCAGAUAGCGAAAAAAGUGAUCUACUAUGGACCUAAUAUUUCUACUUAGUGCACGUGUAAGUUACCUCAACGCGAUGGAUUGUAAAACUGUUCUAACCCUCUACGGCACGGGAGUUGCUGGUGCUACGGUGUACCUUCCAUGCGCAUUCUCGGUACAGCAAAGGGUCGCUCCAGACGCCCCUUUCCAUUUUUUUCUCUUAUGAAGAGUAACUCUCCUACUUUUGUUCUCCGUCCAUAGACUACUGAAAAGAUGCAUCUCAUCUCAGAAGUAGAUCGAUUAUUACUAAUGUGCUUUUUCCAAUCAUGGAUAAGUAUAAUGUUGCUCUUCAUGGAGGUAUGACGAUGACCAAAACCGGAAUGUAUCUAUAUGUGGGGAUCUUCAUGGAGGUAUGACCAAAACCGGAAUUUUUCUAUAUGUGGGCUCUAAUUUUCGACUUGCUGGUCGCUGAGUGCGCUGGAAAGCUGUUUGGUAAGCUUUUAGCUGAACGCAUCUUGACAGUCGAUGAGCAGAACAUUAGAUUAAGGCGUUGGUGCAUCUUUCUUGACUGCGUCCUUGAAUAGUAUACUAGGAACAAGUUAAAAAAGCUGUAGUACUUGUAAGUGACGUAUCCAUCGGAGCUGCAUCUCCCUAUCCCUUCGCUAUUAUUCCUCAAGGACGACGCAGUUGAAAGAUGAAGUGCGCAGCGGUCUAAUUAGAAGAGAUGCUAGUGUCUACGAAAGAGAUUCCAGCACCACGACAAGAAGGCUUUCUUCUACAUCUUCACGUAGGGCCACAACGAGUCGACCUUCUUCCACCACUAGAGGCCAACAAAAAUCUUCUUCCUCAUCUAGAAGAGAUCUCGCGUCUUCGAGUAGUAGACGAGAGGAGUCCUCUCGUCGACAAAGCAAUUAUGCUCAAAGAGAAGAACAACCAGAACCAGACCGAUUUUCACGGAGUACCAAGAUAGCAGACGUCAGAGGUGAAGGGGAGGCGGAAGCAAGUGAAGAUAUAAUAGCACAGGUGGAAGGAGGAGAGGACAUGGAAAUUGGUGGAACCUUUGCAUAUGGCUUACUUUCGUGGUUAGUGUUUUAGAACAACUGCAACUGCUCGAUGCCAUGAGGGUGAAUGGCUCUUUUCCAACAACAUGUUCAUCUCUUACCAACAAGAGCACUUCGAAGUUUUCCAUUGCCAGACGAACUUCAACAAGAGUCGAACUCCUACAACUACAACAUAUGCUUACUCUAUUAUGUACAGAAAAUCUUCAUACAGUAGAUACAGAUACAUUCUGCUGCUCUUCAAGGGGCAAGCUCAUCUUUACCUUCUAACCACCAGUCGACCCAGAGGAUGAGGAACUGAAAAAGUUUCCAGAUUUUGUGAUACCACAUCGCGUUGCCUGUGCCUCUCUGAUGUUUGGCUACGGUCUGAUGAUCUUUUCAUCUUCGCAGAAUUUCUUUAUCUUCGCCGUCUUCUUCGUGGAAGCAGGGUUGGCGGCGUUUCUACCGAUUGCUAAUUUAUGAUCACAGUCGUGAGUAAUGUCCUUAUUGCUUAUUUUUGACCUGAUGGGUUGAAACAGGAUGGAUUUCAACUUUUAUAGUACUGGCAGAGUACUGUACCAGACUCUAGUGCUGUAUGGUGGUGCAACAUUUUUAGAAUCAGAACGAAUGAUCGCCGCUGCAGACACGUUGCAGUACUAUAGUACGUCCAGACUUCAGUACUUGACACGACCACUGAGUCAUUUUCCAGAUGAGUCACCGUCUCUAAGAAGCGCAGUAGUCCAAGAAUUGAC